UCAAAAUGCCAUUUGCCAUUGUCGAAUGUCGAAUGCGAUUGUACAUGUGUACCGUGUAGUAUUUUUAUUUUUUACUGAUUUAGUGGACAGUGAUGUCCGAUUGUGUUGUUGUGUAGUUGUUAGUAAUGUUCUGUGUUUUUUAAUCCGCCGACUACCUACCUUUAUAGUAUCUGGUCCGACUUGUACAAUACGACUACCAAAGAUUACAGGUCUAGCUUAAUCAACAUAACACGGCUGACAAGUUACAAUCUACUAUUUAGUUUUAAAUGUUUUAAUAUUGCAAUUGUCACACUAGAGUUCGGUUAGAAAUCAUUUUACUAUUUUAGUGUCUAUACAUUUUGCGUUUAUAUAAAGUAAUAGUCGUGAACAACUCUUUUAUCGUUUCUUUCGCAUCAAGUCUUACUACAGUUCACUCACAAAAUAACAUUUAUUAACUUUACCGGUCAUUGAUCUAAAAUGCCACGUACUAAGAGAAGAACCGUCAAGCGUUCAUCUGCAGACAUGAACAUGACUGCUGUGAAUGCAACGAUGGCCAACCAAUCGAAAAAUAUGAAAGAAAUUUUGAGUGAAUUUGAUUGUGAAAAACAAAAUAUUGAAGAUUAUUUUUCAGACAUUUUUGAUAACCAAAGAAAUUUAAUUGAAAAUUCAUUUUUAAUGACAAAAAUGAAUUUGGGUGACUUACUAAAUAAUAAUCUUUAUGACACUAUUUUUAAGCAACAUCCAAUAAAAUCCAAUAGUGGAACUAAAACAAAAGUGGAACGUCCUUCAAGACCAGUUACCAAAGCAGCUACAGUAAAUAGGACCACUAGACAAAAAAGUAUGUCUAGUUCAACAUCUAAGACCAAUGGUUCUGCCACAGUAACAAAACACCGUAGUGCAACGCGUCAUGCUGCUGAUAAGCCAGUAUUAACUGAAUCAGACUCUAGAUUUAAAACUCCAAUUAAUCGACUACCUGUACCUGCUUCAGCGACAGUUACACCAAAAGUUAAUAUGCAUGAACCAAUAUCAAUGAUGCGGCGUCCAAACCAAGGAGAGGUUGCACUUUCAAUGACUGGAAGUCCACUCAUGGUUUCAUCUGUUUCUAGGGAUGAUAUGGCCACAGUUAGUGUACCGUUAGCCAAUGGAAAUAUUCUAUCAAUAUUACCUAGAGCUGGUGCUACUAUGGAUAUAUCAUUUGAUGAACAAACUAAAAAUGAAUUACUUCUUCUCAAGGGAAACAUUGAAGGGCUUUUGAAAAUGAAUAGAAGAGGUUUGUGAGUACAUGGUAAGAAUGUAUAUUCUACUGAAGAAAUUACAGAAGAUGAAACCAUACAAUGUAGUUAUUACUGCUAUAAUUACAUUUUUUUAAUAUUAAUUAAUGUUUUCAAUAUUAAUAUAAGUUUAAUUAUAAAUGUAUUAAUUUGUUCUAUCCAAAUAAAAAAAAAAUAAUAUUUACUAACAAUAUGUUAAAUAUGAAAAACAAAUUCACCUCAAAUGAAGUGAUAAGUAAAGAUACAUUUUAAGUCUUGUAAUAUUAUAACUAACACACUUAUAUAUUUUCUAUACUGUGUAUUUUUAAUGUUAAAUAUUAUACUUGUGUUUUAAAUUAAAUUUUUUUUAUGCAAAGGUAAUUUUUAUUAUAUACUCCUGCAAAUUUAUAUAAAAAUAAUAUUUUUCUAGGUUGAGUAAUUUUAGUUAAGAAUUAUGUUAAUUAAAAAAAUGUAGUUUGAAAAGGACUUAAUAUUUUAUUAUGUAGUAUAUAAUGAAAUUAUAAUAAAUUAUUAAGAAACACGGAGGAUGUUUUAAAUUUGAA